UCUCACUUUACAAUACGGCGAACCUAGUCCAUAUAGCAACGCUGUGAGAAUCACCAACUAUCUGACCUGUUGUAGCUAUUACUACACAAGAUCCAAUUAUUGUAAUUAUUACUACCUAAGUACAAGGUAGGAGUUUGAAUCUCAGGCUUGGCGCUGUUGACCAGUUCCGUUGUUCGCUUGGACCACAUCACUAGAUCCAUCACUAGGCCGCGACUACCCAUGCCUGCUUCCAAGUUACUCGGGCAUCCAAAUACCGGGAAAUAGCUUGAGGCUAUCUCCUUCUUACCUAAAUACCAAGUAGAUACAAUAUCAAGGCGCCUUCCUAUGACGACGAUGUGCCUUCCCCCAAUUUGACUUACAGCUUCGGAACAAUGAAGCUCUCUGAUAUCGGGAACACAGACUCCGUCAUGGUCGCUCCUCUGCCAGACAUGAUGCAAAAACUGUCUCAUCCGACUAGUUAGCACGUGCACACUUCAUCUUUGAGGUCCGACAUUGUGUCAGGCCAUUGAUUGAGUACGAUAGCAUCGUACAAGGCAGUUAUAAUUUCAUCUUCCAUAUACGUUGAGAUGGAAGGCGUACACAGCAACGAUAACUCAACGCUGGGAACUAGACCAAAUCAGCACACCGGCACCAUCAUUUCCAACAUCGAAAGUAUCCUAGUGGCAAAUCUCGAAGCACUCAGAGAGGCUCGUCCUAUGUCUAUUCCAAUUCGCAGUCGUAUGACCGGCAAUGUACGGCUAGUUCGCUUUCCAUCCACUAGGCGAGGCGAGGCGAGGAAAUUCACCGCUAUUCUUUCGAUUAUCCAUUUAUGUCACGAGGCGCUCAUCGCCGGUAGAGUAAUCACGAAGAGAGACAUCUACUACCAGAACCCAGAACUUUAUGGGAACCAAGACUAUGUGAACAGAUUGGUCGACGAUCUCGCCUUCACGUUUGAUCUAGGAAGAGAUGCAUUGAAUAUUGUUGCGGCAGUUAAGGGACUCAUCGUUGGCGGUCUCAAAGUCAUAUUCCACGAUGAUUCUACUCUAUAUUGCAACCCGCAUGAUCGCCACAACAUUCUCAUCCCAGAAACACGAACCAUAUUAGGCUUUGAUCUCGGUACCACGAAGUGGCUUCUCGUGAUAGAAAAGGAGGCAACUUUCCGUGGGCUUGCUGCAUCUCGAUUCCACGAGUUGGCGGCGGUUGGUCCAGGGCUACUUGUCACAGCCAAAGGUUAUCCAGAUCUCUCUACACGGCAAUUCCUUCAUAAGCUACAGACGUCAUUUCCAUUAUUGCCAAUGUUUGGACUUGUAGACUUCGAUCCGCAUGGUGUUCACAUCAUGCUUACGUAUAAAAACGGAAGUCGAUCUUUGCAGCAUGAGCAGAAUACAAUACUAAGCCGAUUGACCUGGCUGGGCCCAAGAAGCAGCGAUGUUCUCGGGUUCCGAACACUAGAACCGGCGCCUACCAGAGAGUGCACCCCUGUCGAUACCACGCUGCCGCUUCGCAUUAGAGAGAGGAGAGUUGCUGUGAAGCUGCUCUCUUCAGCCAUAGAAAGCGAUGACGAGUUUGUUGCGAAUAAUGAUCUUAUUCGCGAACUGCAGAUCAUGCUCUUGCUCAACACUAAAGCUGAGAUUCAGGCGGUGGAUGACGCAGGCGAUCUGACCAAAUGGCUGGACAAUGCUUUGACAAAAGAAAUGAAAGUGCUAUGAUUUAACGAGGCUCUCGCUGUUAAUAUUCUCUGCCACUAUAGCUGAAGAUAUAUUCCAACAUCUGUGCCGUCGGAGUUGCAUGUUUCCUAUUUCUUAGUGUCAUAGUCAAAGAUUACACUAGACGCUGUCUAAGUAGGGCGGGCGGGAUUGGACACAUCGAAAGUCACGUGACACCCGAGGUACCAGUAAAUGGAUGCGAACAAGCAUCUAAUCU